ACUGGGCACCACAGAGGCAGAAGGGGUGAUGAGUGAGAGGCGAGUAGUAGUGGACUUGCCCACCAGUGCCAGCUCCAGCAUGCCCCUCCAGAGGCGCAGGGCAUCCUUCAGGGGGCCACGGUCAUCAUCCUCCCUGGAUAGCCCCCCAGCCUCCAGGACCAAUGCCAUGAGUGGCCUUGUCCGAGCACCCGGGGUCUAUGUAGGAACAGCACCCAGUGGGUACAUAGGUGGCCUGGGUGCCCGUGUGACCCGCCGGGCCCUUGGCAUCAGCAGUGUCUUCCUUCAGGGCCUGCGGAGCUCAGGCCUGGCCACCAUGCCGGCUCCAGGUUUGGAGAGGGACCAUGGUGCUGUUGAGGACCUAGGGGGCUGCCUGGUGGAAUAUAUGGCCAAAGUGCAUGCCCUUGAGCAAGUCAGUCAGGAGCUGGAAACACAACUGCGGAUGCACCUGGAGAGCAAGGCCACGCGCUCGGGAAAUUGGGGUGCCCUACGGGCUUCCUGGGCCAGCAGCUGCCAGCAGGUGGGUGAGGCAGUCUUGGAAAAUGCCCGGCUUAUGCUGCAGACAGAAACUAUCCAGGCUGGAGCAGAUGACUUUAAAGAGAGAUAUGAAAAUGAGCUGCCAUUUCGAAAGGCAGCAGAAGAGGAAAUUAACUCUCUGUAUAAAGUCAUUGAUGAGGCUAAUUUGACUAAAAUGGACCUGGAGAGUCAAAUAGAAAGUCUGAAAGAAGAACUUGGCUCUCUAUCAAGAAACUAUGAAGAGGAUGUGAAGGUGCUGCACAAACAGUUGGCAGGGUGUGAGCUGGAACAAAUGGAUGUUCCCAUUGGCACUGGUCUGGACGACAUCCUUGAGACGAUCAGAAUUCAGUGGGAGAGAGAUGUUGAAAAGCACCGGGUGGAGGCAGGAGCCCUGCUCCAAGCUAAGCAACAGGCGGAGGUGGCCCACCUGUCGCAGACCCAGGAGGAGAAGCUGGCAGCUGCCCUCAGGGUGGAGUUACACAACACUUCAUGCCAAGUCCAGAGCCUCCAGGCUGAGACAGAAUCCUUACGUGCCCUGAAACGAGGCCUGGAGAACACCUUGCACGAUGCCAAGCACUGGCAUGACAUGGAGCUCCAGAACCUGGGCGCUGUGGUCGGCCGGCUGGAGGCGGAGCUCAGCGAAAUCCGCGCGGAGGCGGAGCAGCAGCAACAGGAGCGCGCGCAUCUGCUGGCCCGCAAGUGCCAGCUGCAGAAGGACGUGGCGUCCUACCACGCCCUGCUGGACAGGGAGGAGAGCGGCUGAUGGAGAAACUUCCUCUUUUCAUGAAGAAAACACCCUUCCUCACCAGCUGACCCAUGAAGUUGCUUGAGGAGCUUUCUCCUGAGCUCCAGUUCCUGCUGGAUUCCCUGGUUAAUUCGGCUUGAGCUGAAAAGCUUCCUGGAAGUGGAGAGGAUCCUUCUGCUUUAAUCUGAGUAGCCUGUAGCUUGAGCAAUCUCCCUUGUCCUCCUUCAAAUAAAUGCUUUGUGCGCAGUGUCCA